AUGGUUCUGCGGCCGCGGGUAGUCCCUGCUGUCCGCCUCUUCUCCUCCUCCGCUUCCGCACACGGCCUGAUCUCCAACAUCGGCAGGCAACCCAUCCGCUUUCCCCCCACCGUCACCCUCACCCCGACCCCCACCGCCGUCGAUGUCACCGGUCCGCUAGGCACCACCUCCGUACCUACUAUGCCCUACAUGCGGUUCACCUUCCCCGCACCAGACACUCUCUCCGUCGCCGUAGAGGACGGCUCGGAAAAGAAGCAGCGCCAGAUGUGGGGCACCACGCGCACCCUCAUCGCGAAUGCCAUCGAGGGCAUGACCUCCGGUUUUAGCGUCAUGCUCUACCUCGUCGGCGUCGGGUACCGUGCCGCCCUCGAACCCGACCCCCGCGGUCCCGGCGAGGGUCGUAGCGGACAGCGGAUCGCCAUGAAGGUCGGAUUCUCCCACUCUGUGUAUGUGUCUGUGCCACCCAAUAUCAAGGCAGAGGUGCCUGCGCCAACGAAGAUCUCGCUCUACUGCACGGACAAGCAGCUGUUGGGAAAAUUCGCAGCACAAGUGAAGAGAUGGAGACCACCAGAGCCCUACAAGGGCAAGGGAAUCUACGUUGGAACUGAGCGGGUGCGGCUCAAGACCAUGAAAAAGAAGUAG